AUGCCGGGGUUACAAACACAAGUUGGCCGUGCCGUUGUGUUAGGCUGCCCACCGUCUCCCGUCUGGCCGUCCGGAAUCCUGGUGUCCGAACGCCAAACACUCCUGGACAUCCGAGCCUCUGUCGUCGAGCGCGAGUGUAUUUCAAUCCACAUCGGCCAGGCUGGCGUCCAGAUUGGCAACGCUUGCUGGGAGUUGUAUUGCCUGGAGCACGGGAUCCAGCCGGAUGGACAGAUGCCCACCGACUCGACCAUCGGAGGCGGCGACGAUUCGUUCAACACCUUCUUUAGCGAGACGGGGGCGGGCAAGCACGUACCAAGGGCCGUGUUCAUCGACCUGGAGCCCACGGUGAUCGACGAGGUGCGGACCGGCACCUACCGCCAGCUCUUCCACCCCGAGCAGCUCAUCACCGGCAAGGAGGACGCGGCCAAUAACUACGCCCGGGGCCACUGCUCCAUCGGCAAGGAGAUCGUGGACCUGGUCCUGGAUCGCAUCCGGAAGCUGGCCGAUCUGUGCACCGGACUCCAGGGGUUCCUCAUCUUCCACAGUUUCGGCGGCGGCACCGGCUCGGGCUUCACCUCCCUCCUCAUGGAGAGACUCUCCGUGGACUACGGCAAGAAAUCCAAGCUGGAGUUUUCCGUCUACCCGGCGCCGCAGAUCUCCACCGCCGUGGUCGAGCCCUACAACGCGGUGCUGGUCACCCACUGCACCCUGGAGCACUCCGACUGCGCCUUCAUGGUGGACAACGAGGCCAUUUACGACGUGUGCCGGCGGAACCUGGACAUCGAGCGCCCCACCUACACCAACCUCAACCGCCUGUUGGCGCAGAUCGUGUCGUCCAUCACCGCCUCGCUGCGCUUCGACGGCGCCCUCAACGUGGACCUGACUGAGUUCCAGACCAACCUGGUCCCCUACCCGCGCAUCCACUUCCCGCUCGUCACCUACGCUCCCAUUAUUUCGGCCGAGAAGGCUUACCACGAGGAACUGUCCGUUCCACAACUGACCAACGCCUGCUUCGAGCCGGCCAACCAGAUGGUGAAGUGCGACCCCCGCCAGGGCAAGUACAUGUCGUGCUGCAUGUUGUACCGCGGGGACGUGGUGCCCAAGGACGUCAACGCCUCCAUCGCCACCAUCAAGACCAAGCGCACCAUCCAGUUCGUGGACUGGUGCCCGACCGGGUUCAAGGUGGGCAUCAACUACCAGCCCCCGACUGUGGUGCCGGGGGGCGACCUGGCCAAGGUACAACGUGCCCUCUGCAUGCUGAGCAACACCACCGCCAUCUCCAUGGCCUGGUCCCGCCUCAACCUCAAGUUCGACAAGAUGUACGCCAAGCGGGCCUUUGUCCACUGGUACGUGGGAGAGGGGCUGGAGGAAGGGGAGUUCCAGGACGCGCGGGAGGACAUGGCGUCGCUGGAGAAGGACUACCAGGAGGUGGCCGUGGAUUCCGCCGACAUGGAGAGACGGGGUGAAGAGGAAGAAUAA